AUGGAAGAAAGCGAAGAUGUGCCAAAAGAUUUUAUCAAGCUCAAGUUUGAAAAGCUGUCUGUAGAUGAAGUGUCAGAGCUGGUUGUUUCACCAUACUGUGGGGCAGUGUCUCUGUUCAUUGGUACUACAAGAAAUAAUUUUGAAGGAAAAAAAGUGAUUCGCUUAGAAUAUGAAGCAUAUACUUCAAUGGCAGAGACUGAAAUAAAGAAAAUCUGCAGAGAUGUUAGACAGAAAUGGCCUUCAGUCAAACAUAUUGCAGUGCACCACAGACUUGGUGUGGUUCCAAUAACUGAAGCAAGUGUAAUUAUUGCAGUCUCCUCUCCACACAGAGCAGAAUCCCUUGAAGCUGUAAUGUACUGCAUCAAUACCUUAAAAGCAUCCGUCCCAAUAUGGAAAAAGGAGAUUUAUGAGGAUGAAUAUUCUUGGAAAGAAAACAAGGAAUGCUUUUGGGCAAAUUCAGAAAAAUAAUUGUACUCUUUUGAAAAUAAAGUGUUACUCUUCCUAAUGAA